AUGGCAUCACCCCGGGACUACGGACACUCUACUCAGGAUAUUGCCAAUGUGAUGCAGAAGCUGCAAGAUGAGCAGGAGGCAGUGCAGAAGAGGACAUUCACGAAAUGGAUCAAUUCCCACUUGGCAAAGCGUGUCCCGCCUCUGAUGGUGACAGACCUGUUUGAGGACAUCAAGGAUGGUGUGAUGCUGCUGGCCCUUCUUGAAGUCCUCUCUGGACAGAAACUGCCAUGUGAGCAGGGCAAGAAGCUAAAGAGGAUCCACUGGGUCGCCAACAUCGGUACAGCUCUCAACUUCCUUGAGGGUAGGAAGAUCAAGCUAGUCAACAUAAACUCCACAGACAUUGUUGAUGGGCGACCAUCAAUCGUACUGGGGUUGGUGUGGACCAUCAUCCUCUAUUUCCAGAUUGAGGAGCUAACCAGUAGCCUACCAGCACUCCAGGCCUUGUCCAGCAGCACCUCCUCACUGGAAAGCUCGACCAGCAGCACUGAGACCAUCAGCCCACCUGUCAAAAGGAAACCUGUCCCACCUCAGGGUGGAGCCAGAAAGGCAUUACUGAGAUGGGUUCAGCAGACAGCCACCAAAAGCCUGGGGCUUGAGGUGAGGGACUUUGGCCCCAGCUGGCGCACAGGUUUAGCAUUCUUUGCAGUUAUCCAUUCCCUCCGGCCCAAUCUAGUUGACAUGGAGCGUGUAUGGAGGAGGCCCAACCGUGAAAAUCUGCAGGAAGCCUUUUUAUUGGCUGAGACUGAGUUAGGCAUUCCACAGCUUCUCGACCCAGAAGAUGUCGAUGUAGACAAGCCGGAUGAGAAAUCCAUUAUGACAUACGUAGCCCAGUUCCUGAAGCAUCAUCCUGACCGAAAGCAGAGCGACUCAGGCGGACAGCCAGAAGAAGAGAGAGAGCAGCGAAAGAGCCUGAGGGAGCUCAAAAUGUGGCUCGACCAGCUGGAGAGAGAUGCAAUACAGGCUCGGGAGACUGAGGGCAAUCUCGCUCAACAGUACCAGUUGUUCAAGAGUCUACGUGUCCAGUUGGAGAUGAGGAGGAAGCACGUGGAGGGAGCUUUGCAGUCCACUCAGAGAGACGGGAUAUUGACUGUGGAUCAGGCUCUUGUUAAACAAGCCUGGGAACGGGUCUCCAACAGGCUCCUGGACUGGCAUCUGCAGCUGGACAGGUCUCUCCCAGCUCCUCUUGACAUGGUGGGGGCUUGGCUGCAUGAGGCUGAAGGAGCCCUGCAACAGGAGAUCAUCGUCCAGCAAGCACAUGACGUGACAGCUUACACUGUCCACAGAGCUCUGGAGCAGCACAAGGAUGUGUUGAAGAGCCUGGAAAGUCACCAGCAGGUCUUUCAGAGGAUCCAUAAAGACAGAAGUGUAGAUGGAGUCCCUGUUCCCCCAGACCAACUCCAAGACAUGGCUGAGAGGAUGAACUUUGUCUCUACAUCUUCUAGCAUUCACUUGGCUAAGAUGGAAUUCUUGGAGAACAAACACCAUAUGCAGGCCUUCCUCACUCUAGCCGAGACCAAGCUCAAAUCCUGGAUCAUCAAAUAUGGCCGACAAGAGUCCGUGGAUCUGAUGCUCCACAACUAUGUCUCAUUUGUGGAGAAGCAACAUUUCUUUGAAAAUUACGAGGCUUUGUUCCAGUCCCUGAAACAGUCUGCUGAGGCCUAUGUCAAUGUUGACAGCUCCGUGGAUGAGGGCGAGACGGGGGUGCGCAGGUUCAUGCGGGAGGUGGUGACUCAGUGGAGGAGUCUGUCUAUGGAAGUGCGCAGCGUGAGGAGCAUGCUGGAGGAGGUGCUGUUCAACUGGGAGAGGUACAGCUCUGCUGUGGCCUCCUUACAGGCCUGGCUAGAGGAUGCGGAGGAAGCCCUGAGCCAGUCAGAAGACACAAAACGGGACUUUUUCAGGAAUCUCAGCCGCUGGAUGGAUCAGCAUGCAACCAUGAACGACGCCGGGAAUUUUCUCAUUGAAACUUGUGAUGAGACCGUGUCACUUGAUCUCAAGCAGCAGCUGCUUCUUUUGAAUGGGCGAUGGAGAGACCUCUUCCUCAAAGUCAAACAAUAUGCAAGAGCAGAUGAGCUGGAGAAGUGGAGAAAAGACCACUUGAAGGCUGUGUCGGCCCUGAAAGAGCUUCUGGACUCAGCAGAGGCGAAGCUCAAUGCUCCUGUUCAAGUGUCUUUCCUCAGUGUUAGAGCCUUUCUGCAGGAUGUGGAGAAUACCAAGCAAAAGGUUGUUGCCAUGGAGACACAAUACAAGUUGGCUGCCCGCAGUGCUCAGCUCCUUGCCAAGGAUGCACCACAGGAUGAGGCUGCCAGGGUCACGGCAACUGUUGCAAUGGCCAAAAGUCAUCUGAGUAAGGUGAGAGAGCGGUGUCCCCCCCUAGUGAGGGAGUGUCAUGUCCUUAUGCCGCUGUUGGAGGAGAUUGAGAAACAUGUCACUGCUUUUUAUCAAGCUCUGGAGCGGGCCAGUCGCAUCACUUCUGCUGCAAGAGACCCAGACUCCCAAGCACAGACCCAACAUAAACAAAAGUGGCAGGAUUUAUUAAACCAGCAGCAAAGCUGCAAAAGAUGUCUGUCAGUGAUUGAAAGGAACCACCACACCCUGCAGAGGACGCUCUGCGCCAGUAAGGUGCUGCGGAACUUUGAUCUGUCUCUGCUGCAGAAGAGAGUGGCUGAAAUACAGGGCUCAGCACAGGCUUUGCUGAAGGAGGUUGGGGAAUGGAGAAGGCAGGAAGAGGCCAACAGCCACCUGAGGAGGAGGUUCGAGGAAUCACGACAAGAGCUGGAGAGGGUGCUGAAGAAAGCUCAGGGCACCUUGAGAGAGACUGGAGAUGCCGAAGAACUGCUGAAGAAACAUACUGAUUUUUUUGGACAACUGGAUCAGCGGGUCCUGUGCGUGUUCUUGAAGGCAUGUGAUGAGCUGACUGACAUCCUUCCACAGGAGGAACAACAGGGGCUGCAAGAAACUGUCCGCAGGCUGCACAAGCAAUGGAAGGACAUCCAGGGAGAAGUACCAUCUCACCUGCUCCGUCUGAAGGUGGACGUGGAGCGAAGUCGAGUGGCUGUGAUCCUACAAGACUGCAGAACAGAGUUGGACAGAGAAAUGCAAGCCCUGUCUGGCACCUGCACCAGUGAACGAGUGAUCAAAGAACACAGAACUUUCUUCAGGGAACGCAAACCUCUGACUUUGUGUGAGAAGAAGAUUAGGAACAUGGAGGAUCUGUGUCAUAAGUUGCCUGACAACGACCCAGCUUAUCGAACACUAGACUCCACCAGAAGGGCUAUAGAAGAGGUUACAGAACAAAUCAAGAGCACCCACCUUAAACUGGAGCAGCACCCUGAUAAAUGGAAAGAGUGGAACGAGAGGUUCUGCGAACUUUCUGUUUGGCUCUCAUCUCAGAAGAGUCAGGUGAGGCUCUUGAGAGAGACUGCAAGAAAUUCUAGCCAUCAGGAGCAGGUGAAUGCUGCUGUUCAGGCACUGCAGGAAGCAGUGGAUGCCCGUGAGGAGAGCUUAUUGUGGCUCAAAAGCCUCCUUGCUGGCUUGUCUGAGGUUAGCUCUGAAAUGGAGGUCCAGAGACAAAGAACAGCCCUGGCUGAACUUUCAACUGAGCUGCGGGCGCUCUUUUCUUCACUCUGCCAGUGGGAUGAAGAGGGCUCUACCACGUUCCAGUAUGAGGAGCUGAGGGAGGAGGUGCGUGGUGCAUUGGAGGAGGUUGUGAGAGCACGAAGGGAGGCUGAGGAGCAGACCAGCAGGAUCCUUGACGCUGAGGGCCUGGAGGAGGCCAAACGACUUCACAUUAUUCACGAGCAACACCUAAAGCGUCUGCAUGCUAACAGGAGACAGGCAGAGCUUCUGGUGUCCCACUGCCGCCAGCUGCAGAAAGCAGAGGCCCUCGGUCAUUCUCUACAUGAACUGGAGGCAGCUUUCAGAGAGGUCGACCGCAAAUCAGAGGCAAAGGAGAACAACCUGCAGGCCACUCUGAGCUCCUGGCAGAAUUUUGAAGCAGAGAGAGAAAUGGUCUGGAGGUUUAUCAGCAAUACCAACAAUGAGCUACGCAAAGAACUUGUUUUCAACAGCCUGGACAGCCUGAAUACUGAACUGGAGCACUAUAAGGAGCUCUUAACGAGGGUUGAGGAAUGUUGUGUGAGAGCAGAUCUCCUCUUGGAGAAGGCAGCAGAUAUUCAGCUGGGCCCAAAGAAUCAGACUCUUCUUGUACAGCAGGCCCAGUCCGCCAGAGAAGCAGUCACACAACUUCAAGUCCAUCUCAACAAGAAUGUUGUCCAGCUGGAGAUGAUGUGUGUGUGGUGGGAGCGCUUCAGCAGUGAAUCAGAGACCCUCUCCUCUUGGAUCAAUGAGAAAGAGAAGGUCCUUGAGGCCAUCAACACCAACUCCUCCUUGGAUCCUUUAGACAAAAACAUCAGCACAGUGGAGGAAGUGGGGAAGGGUUUAGAUGAGAGACGGGCAGCCCUGGCCCAAAUGGAGACGGACUGUGAGGCCCUAUCAAAGUUUGUGACCCCUGGGGAGGCUGGACUUAUCCGAGCACGACUUGCCCAGAUGAGGCGCUACUGGGAAGAGCUGAAAGGGAGAGUGGAGCAGCUGGGAGGACAGCUCAACCAGAGCGCCUCCUACAGGCAGAGAUACAAUGAUAACCUUGAACAGGUCAAGAAAACAAUGAUUGACAUUAAAGAGAAGCUCAACUGUCCAGUCACGUACUGUUCAUCAUCAUCUGAGACCUACAAAAUCCUCCAGAAUCACAUGGAGGUCUGCCAGGCAGUUGAGCAGCUGAAGCCCAGGCUGAUGGCUCUGUGUUCGGCCAUAAAGAGGCUUGGGGAGGGCAGCCAGCUGGAAGAAGAGGUGGAUAACCUCCAGAAGCAACAGGGGGAGUUUCUGGGGAAGGCUGCAGAAAAGCAAGUUACAUUAGAGAGCCUUCUAGCACUAUGGCAAAGAUUUGAAAAGGAGAAUUUGUCCAUGAAAAGCUGGCUGGACAGGUGUGAGUCUGUUUGCUGUCCAGACACCGAACUGCUCUCUGCAGACAAAGUAAAGCUUAGGAAUGAACUACAAAAUGUACAGGAAAUGCAGGGGGAGACACCGUCCUAUGAUGUUCUUCUCCAGGGUCUUGUGAAUCUUGGAUUGUGUCUGUAUCCCACAGCACCUGAAGCUCGUAUUCAAGAGCUCUGUGAUGAUCUCACACAGCUGCAGGAGAGAUCCACUUCUGUGAAGAACAGCAUAUCACAGAGGUUUGAGCUGCUGGAGUCACAGUUGUCACAGCUGGAGUUGUUUGAUCAGGUGCUGCUGACUAUAACCCAAAGGAGUGAAAACUUAUUCUCUGGCUUGAGAAGCUCUUCCCAGGUUGAUAUUGCUGAUCUUGAGGCUGCAGUUACUAAGCUGACGGAGCAUGAGGUGCAACUACAGGCAUAUACAUCGCUAAGGGAGACACUCCAUCAAAGAGAGUCCUCCCUGCUUCGCUGUUCCACUCUGGAGGCCCAACAGCAGCUCCGGAACUGGAAGGAGGACUGCCUACAGCCCCUCAGUGAAUCCCAGCGUCUCCUGCUCCUCCGUAAAGAGUGCCUGACCAAGCUAAGGACUUUCCUUGAGAGGCAUGGAACGGCAGCUGAGGCUGUGCACCGCCUACAUGAGGCUGUGGAAGGCAGGGGAAGCUGGGACCGCUCCAAAGCUGAAGAGCUGCAUCAUGGAAUAGGGGAAGUGGCUAAAGACGUGGCCCGGCUUGAGGCUGAGGCAGUGGGGUUAGAUGGGCAGCUGAGCAAGGCACACCUGCACCUAUGUGGGUCAGAGUGGCAGGGCUCCAGAGACGCAAGCCAUCCUCAGGGAAGAACUUCUUGCAGAGGGCAGGCAGUGACCCUCACAGUGGCUCUGGAGGAAGUACAGAGGGUUGUGGGAUGGAGGCAGAGUGAAGCAGAUGCUUUAGGCGCCUUGUGGAGCUCUUUCAGGGAGAGGAGGGAGGAGGUGAUGAAGAAUUUGAAGAAACUGAAGGACGAAGUGAGGCAAGAGGGGGCCAGAGAGAGCUCUGUACAGGCCUUCCAAAACAGACUGCGAUUCUUCGUCCAGCUGGAGGAUGAGCUCCAGUCCCUGCAGCACUCUCAACAGUGGUUAGAGGAGAAGGGAAGCCAGCUGGCCCAGAGAGACAGAGAGCUGGCUGGGGAGGCUCUCAGGGAGGUAGCCCUGGUGAAGGAAGCCUGGGAGAACGUCAGGACUCUGAUCACCAGGGGUCAGGAACAGAGUGGAGUUGUGGUAGAUCUUCUCCGUCGGUUUCACCACCUGAAGUUGAUUCUUAGCACCGUUGUGGAGAAUGCUCGGGGUGUUUCUCACAAUCUGCCUGACCACAAUCAUAACGAUCAGGAGGCCAAAAGGACUUUCACACGGCAUGAGACUGUCCAAGCUGAGCUGAGAGAAAAACAGGAGGACAUGGACCAGCUCAUCAGUACAGUCGAAGAUCUGCAGAGAGAGCUGGAGAAGGUUCCCAACUCAGAUACAUGCUCCAUCCAGAGAGACAUGGAGACGUUAAGAGACCAGUGGCUGGAGGUCUCAGAGAGGAUACAAACCAACACAGAGAGACUUGGCUACUGUGUGGCCCUGUGGGACGACCUCAAGACCAUGGAGCAGGACAUCAACCAGUGGACACCCACCUCCAUCGCGGACCUCACAGACUGCGUCGCCGAUCUCAAUGACAAAUUGAAGACAGAGGCCCAGCUCACCGCCUUUCAGGCUGAGGCUGAUAGGAGGGAGCAGAAGCUGGAUGCCCUGCAGGAAAGAGUGACAGAGCUGAAGGAGCGAGCCAAACUGCAGGAAACCCCGUUACAAAUGCAGGUCCUGGAGGCUGACCUGAGGAAGAAAAUGGCCCAUGCGCAGGAGGUGUACAAUCAGGCCAAACACACUCUGACCUACUUCAGUUUCCAAAAACAACGACUUGAGGACCUCAUGUCCCAGAUGGCCGAGCGGCUGGAGGCAGUUGAGGGUACCUUAUCUGACCUCACAGAAGCUACUUCCCCUCAAGAUCUUGGUACUGUCAAGGACCUGCAGAGCGUUGUGCAGCAACAGAGGGCGGACAUGGACUCAGCAAGAGAUGCCCUGACUGCCCUGUGCAGGUCGCAUCCCUCUCAGGAGCUGUCAGGCCUUUCUUCUGACCUCACCUCCAUUGCCAAGCGAACAGAGGCUGUUGCUCAGCGCUGUGCCAAGACCAGGGGCAACCUGCAGGAUGGGCUACAGCUUCAGUUCAACGCAGCGCUUGUCCAAGACUUCCGCUCCUGGCUUGCAGAUCUAAAGUUCGAGGUGAAAGAAUGUUCAAACCAAUCAGGAGAUGUUGCCAUCCUUGGAGCCAAGUUACAAAGGCUAAAGGCGUCAGUCGAGCGGACAUCAGAGGGCGAGGAACGCCUCUCUCAGGUCGGUGAGGAGGCUGAGAGGCUCCAAGUCCACCUGCCCAAAGCUGGAGCAGCACCGGCCCAAGAGCAUCUCUCUUCCUGUCAGAGAGAGUGGAGGAAUUACCUGGACAGCUGUUCUCAGAGCCAACGAGACUUGGAAGAGAGUAUUGGCCUUCUGAAAAAUUUUGAUGAUUGUGUGGAGGAUAUAAGAGACUGGUUGAAGCAGAUGGAGCUUAGCCUCAAGAGCGAGCCUGUUCUUGGGGCAGAGAGCCAGCAAGGAGCCCCUGACACCACAGCAGAGCUGGAGAGGAUGGAAAACCUCCAUAAGGAACUUUUAGCAAGAAGGGAGUCUAUCGAGCGUGUAUGCCAGGAGGCCCAAUCUCUGUCGGAAGCAGGUCGGGGGUCAGGAGGAGAGGUCAGAGUGACAGGCCAGCUCCAGAUGGAGCACCAAGCCCUACUGAAGGCAGCCAGGGAGAGGCUGCGAGGCUGCCAGGAGAGUCAGGCCUUUGGAGAGACCCUCCAGGGAGUAUGGGCCUGGCUGGAGGAGAUCCAGGAGAGACUGGGUACAGUAGACAGCACAAUGGGGACCAAAGAGCAGUUAGAACAGAGGCUGGAGACUGUGCAGGACAUCCUGCUUUUGAAGGGUGAGGGGGAGGUCAAGCUGAAUAUGGCAAUGGGUAAGGGCGAGUUGGCUCUGCGCAGCUAUGGGGCCGCCGGACAGGAAGUGGUCCGCUCUCAGCUUCAGGAAGUGGAGGAUGCAUGGGCCACGCUGCUUGUGACUGCCAUGAGCUGCCACAGUCGAUUGGAGUGGACCGUGUCACAGUGGGGAGGAUACCUGGACAGUGCUGCCCAGCUGCGGUGCUGGAUGGAGGCUGUAGAGCGGGAGGUUUGUGCCCCGCUUACCCCACAGCCCGGGCCCAGAGAAAAGGCCUCCCAGCUAGAGAGACUUAGAGCCCUGCUGGCUGACCUGGAAGACCACCAGGUGGCACUGUCCAGCCUGGAAGAAAAAGCCAGAGAACUUUUCAAGAAGACAGGUGAUGCCAGCUUUAACCAUGGUGCUCGGACCCAGCUGCAGGUGCAGUUUGAUGACCUUACAGCUUUGGUGGAGGAGAGAGUAUGUCUUGCGCAGGCCGUUGUGUUGGAACACCAAGAAUACCUUGAGGCUGUAAGGGAGCUCACUGACUGGCUGAUGACUGCAGGAGAGGAGCUACAGCAUUGGUCUGAUACAUCAGGAGACUCUACCUCCAUCAAAAAGAAACUGUCAGAAGUGAGGGAGCGUGUGGAGUGUCGGUUACUGGAGGGCCGAGAGCGCCUCAGCCGGGUGCGACGGAGCGCAGCAACCACGGCGGAUCACACGGCGGCUGGAGGCUGCGAGGCCAUGGACAGACAGCUGGGGGCGCUGUCCCAGGCUCUGGAGCAGUGGGAGGGGGCUGCUCUGAGGGCCAGGGAUGGCCUGGAAGGGGCCCUGGCAGCUGCUGCAGCCUCAGAAGAGGAAUACAACAAUCUGACCGCUCGCCUGGAAGACAGGUUGAAAGAGAUGGAUGGACGGCUGAGGAGGUGGAGCCAGGAGCUGAUUAAAGCUGAAGGGCGGAGCAAUGGCGAGGAAGCAGUGGAAGGAUGGCAGCUGGCUAAGGUACAGCAGCACGGACUUUAA